AUGUCGAUGUCCGUCCAUGAUGAGGAUCCAUGGCUGGAUGACGGGGCUUUGGAGCCACCGCAACAGCAAUCGGAGGCAGAGGAAGCCAUCGGCAAAAAGAGCCCGGUCCCUAUCCGCUGGAGCUCGCGCCUGACAAAUCGGAAUUCAAAUCCUGCUCCCAGCAUUUCUGAAUGGCCAGUGUCCAGGCUCCUGGAAAUCCUGUUCAAAAAUCGCAUCACGGCGCCAGUCGGGUCUUCUCAUGAAGAGCUGUUCCAAAUGUUUUUGGAAAGUGUCCAUGGAACAAAUCCACCAGCGGAUCUUCCCAAAUCCUGCGCUCCCAAGAAGGCCGCUGAGAAGAGGAAACACAGUUCCCAACACUCCGCGGCAGUCCCAGCUACGGCUGCUGAGCCGCCUUCCAAACGAGCCCGAGCUCCAGCGGUGCGAGCCCAGGUCCGGGCCCCGGUCCGGGCCACGGUCCGAGCCCCGGUCCGAGCUCCAACGGUUCUCAGGUACACGUUUAAAAAACUGGGUAUUCCCCUAUCCGAGGAGAAGACGUCAGGCCCGCUCAAAGCCUUAGAAUUUCUAGGCAUCACCUUAGAUAGUAACCUGAUGCAAGCCUCCCUGCCUCCUGAAAAAUUAAAUCGCAUCAGAGAGGUCAUGAGGGAAGUGCAGCAGGUAGCAGCGUUUUCAAAAAGAGAGUUGCUUUCAUUUCUUGGGCAUCUCAAUUUUGCAAUGCGUGUUAUUCCCCAGGGACGCUCCUUUAUAUCCAGGCUUCUUGACCUCUCUAAAACGGUAAAGAAUCUUCAUGACAUGGUGAGCUUAGAUGCAGGCUGCAGAUCCGAGCUCCGGUUCUGGUCUCUUCUGUGCAAAGAAUGGAAUGGCAUCUCAUUCUUUUAUAAUGAGAUACUAGAAACUUCAUUAGCUAUUAAGCUAUAUACAGACGCAGCACCCUCUGUUGGUUUCGGGGUUUUUUUCAAUAAUCAGUGGUUCGCUGAUGCAUGGCCAAAAGAAAUGUCAUCCUUGCCAGCUAAUGUUUCCUCUACUGCUCUAAUGGAAAUGUACCCAAUCGUGAUAGCAUGUCUUCUGUGGGGAAAAAACUGGUCAAGGAAACAAAUCAUGUUCUUUUGUGACAAUGAGGCAACUGUCAAUAUCAUUAACAAAGGGCGCUCCUCAGUUCCUUUUAUUAAUAGAUUUGUAAGGCGCCUUACGUGGUCAUCUGUGAUGGGGAACUUCAUCAUUCGGGCAGCUCACAUUCCAGGUUUGGACAAUAAAAUUGCUGAUUCUUUGUCUCGGUUUGAAUUUCAGAAAUUCCGCCAACUGUGCCCAGAGGCAGCGCCAUCCAGCUUGAACUGCCCUCCAUUCAGUCAAACCGUGCUAGAUUAGACACGGAUCUAAAAAAUUAUAUGCUCUCCGCUGCUCGCUAUAUGCGAUCCGGAUUAGCUAAAUCUACAUUAAAAAUGUAUGAUUCUGCAUGGUCUUACUU